AUGCCCCUCCUCUCUCACCUCCGCCAUGUCCACCAGCACAAUGUCGCCACCUUCCGCUCCGCUCCCCUCUCCGAGCUCUCGGGCUCCCUGGGAGAUCUUGGCACCCUCCUUCCUCUGAUGAUCGCCUUGACGGUCCAGCAUUCCAUCUCCCUCCCCUCCACUCUCGUUUUCUCCGGCCUGGCCAAUAUCCUCACCGGCAUCUUCUUCGGCAUCCCCCUUCCGGUGCAACCCAUGAAGGCCAUAGCAGCCAUCGCCAUUUCCCAAAAUCUCACGCGAGAAGACGUGUCUGCAGCAGGACUAACGAUGGGCUUCGCCGUCUUGAUCCUCAGCAUUACGGGAUUGCUCGGCUGGCUGCAUCGAGUGGUGCCGGUGGCCGUCGUCAAGGGAAUCCAAGUCGGAGCGGGACUGAGUCUGGUCAUCAGCGCCGGCACCUCCCUCAUUAAACCUUUGGCAUGGACAUUCCCAACGUUGGAUAAUCGACUCUGGGCCAUUGCGACUUUCAUCUUCCUUCUCAUUGCCUCAAUCUAUCGUCAAGUCCCAUAUGCCUUGUUGGUCUUUGCGUUCGGAUUGGUCCUCGCCGCUGCUGCAAUCCAUCCUCCCUCCUCUCCCUCCCUUCAUUCCGCAUUCUGGUAUCCACAUUUCGCCAUCCCCUCCUCGUCAGCCUGGAAAACUGGCGCCAUCGAAGCCGCUCUCCCUCAGCUUCCCCUCACAACCCUCAAUAGUGUCCUGGCAGUGACAUCCCUCGCUGCCUCCCUCUUCCCCAACACCCCUGCAACUCCCUCAACAACCCACAUAGGUCUUUCCGUAGCAAUCUUCAACCUCAUAGGCUGCUGGUUCGGCGCCAUGCCCAUCUGCCAUGGAUCCGGUGGCCUGGCAGCUCAAUACCGCUUCGGGGCUCGCUCAGGUUCUUCAAUCAUCAUCCUCGGAAUUAUUAAACUUCUUCUCGGCUUGUUUGCCGGCGAAGCCAUCAUUCCCUUACUGCAGCGUUUUCCAAAAGGAUUGCUCGGAAUCAUGGUCCUCGCCGCGGGUGUGGAAUUGGCCAAAGUAGGUCAGAGUGUAGGAGAUGCGACGGAUCUCUGGGAGCAGGCAGAGGAAGAUGUCAACGGCACCUGCAUCAUUACCAGUGAAGAGAAAGAAGCGGUGGAGAAGGAGAGAGGGGAGAGAUGGAUCGUCAUGUUGAUUACUGUUGCCGGUUGUUUGGCUUUCAAGAAUGAUGCCGUAGGGUUCGCGGCGGGCUUGGUAUGGUUUUGGGGUUUAAAGACACCUGCUUUGCUGGAGAGAUGGUAUUAUGGAAGAGGGGAGAUCAGCAUUGGGAGGGAACGGAGUGAAGAUGAUGGAUUUCACGGGGAGCGCCGCGAUGAUCGGAUCGAGCGAAGAGUUUGA